AGCAUGUGCAAACCCAUCUGGGCCACUGUGCUCUUCAAUGCAACAACAAAAGCCAAGGAAAUCUAAGCAGUUACACUGGAAACCUGCCAGUGGGGGGGCUUUUUCCCCCACCAUUUUCUGUACGCAUUCUUUUUACAGGAGGCUAUCCCAGCUGGACUAAGGACUGUGGGAUACAGUAGUUUACAGGCUGCUGCUUCCGAAGUAUUGGUGUUCUUUGAAUGACACUUAUUUAUACUCCUUGAAACCCUGACAUGAGCUCUGAUUCAGCUGUUCCAUUCUCCUAGACAUCAAGGUGUCAACAGCUGGAGUAACAGCCCCAAAGUGUUUUAUAUCACAGAUAACUGUCAGCUGGUUACCACAGAGACAACACAAUAUAGGCCUACUGCUUCCUGACAUCAAGGCCUGCAGCUUGCCUGGAUGCCUGUUUCAUUGUUUCCUCUCCAGCCAGCCUUAUGGAGGGGAACAGCCUAGCCCUAACUGAGGAGGAGAAUCCCUGAACCACAGUGCAAAUGGACAAUAAAGGCCAUUAUUGGACUGAUGAAGAUUCUGAUGGAGAAAAUGAUUCUGAGGAGUUUCUUUAUGGGAUCCAGGGCAGCUGUGCAGCUGACCUUUACCGCCAUCCCCAGCUGGAUGCCGACAUAGAAGCUGUGAAGGAGAUCUACAGUGAGACUUCGGUCUCUGUCCGGGAAUAUGGCACCAUAGAUGAUGUGGAUAUUGACCUGCACAUCAACAUUGGCUUCCUCGAUGAAGAGGUAGCGACUGCAUGGAAAGUUCUAAGAACAGAACCGAUUGUCCUGCGGCUGCGAUUUUCCCUUUCACAGUAUUUAGAUGGACCUGAACCAUCUAUUGAAGUUUUCCAACCAUCCAAUAAGGAGGGGUUUGGACUGGGACUCCAGCUGAAAAAGAUUCUUGGAAUGUUUACCUCACAGCAGUGGAAACAUCUGAGUAAUGAUUUCCUGAAGAUCCAGCAGGAGAAACGACACAGCUGGUUUAAAUCCAGCGGGACCAUCAAGAAAUUCCGAGCAGGACUUAGCAUCUUCUCACCCAUUCCAAAGUCCAACAUAGUCAUCACGAAUGCAUUGCCAGGGGACGUUGGGCCGUUUCCAAGGAUAAACAGGUCUCCUAGUUUUCCAAUAAUCCAGGACUCUGUGCUAAAGGGAAAGCUGGGUGUGCCUGACCUGCGCAUGAACCGUAUCAUGAACCGCUCUGUCUCUUGUACGAUGAAGAACCCUAAAGCUGAAAUAUUUGGUUAUCCUCCAAGUAGUCAGGUUGGUGGGCACUGUAAAAGCAUUCCAACUCUUGAGUAUGGCUUUCUGGUACAGAUUAUGAAGUAUGCGGAACAACGAAUACCAACGCUAAACGAGUAUUGUGUUGUCUGUGAUGAACAGCAUGUAUUUCAGAAUGGAUCAAUGCUGAAGCCAGCAGUAUGCACCCGUGAGCUGUGUGUUUUCUCUUUCUAUACACUCGGAGUCAUGUCUGGAGCAGCAGAGGAAGUCGCUACAGGAGCAGAGGUGGUAGAUCUGCUGGUGGCCAUGUGCAGAGCAGCACUCGAAUCUCCGAGGAAAAGCAUCAUCUUUGAACCUUAUCCAUCUGUGGUAGACCCCAACGAUCCCAAAACCCUUGCAUUUAACCCCAAGAAGAAGAACUAUGAGCGACUUCAGAAAGCCUUGGACAGUGUUAUGUCCAUCAGAGAAAUGACACAGGGAUCAUAUUUAGAAAUUAAGAAGCAGAUGGACAAACUGGACCCCCUGGCACAUCCCCUUUUACAAUGGAUAAUUUCCAGUAACAGGUCGCACAUUGUAAAACUGCCACUCAGCAGGCAGCUGAAGUUUAUGCACACGUCACAUCAAUUUCUUUUACUAAGUAGUCCUCCUGCCAAGGAGGCUCGCUUUCGCACUGCCAAGAAACUCUACGGAAGCACCUUUGCCUUUCAUGGUUCCCAUAUUGAAAACUGGCACUCCAUUUUACGCAAUGGGCUAGUGAAUGCAUCCUAUACCAAGUUACAGCUGCAUGGGGCGGCCUACGGUAAAGGAAUCUAUCUCAGCCCCAUCUCAAGCAUCUCUUUUGGAUAUUCAGGAAUGGGCAAAGGACAACACAGAAUGCCUUCAAAGGAUGAACUGGUACAAAGAUACAAUCGAAUGAAUACUAUUCCUCAGACCCGACCGAUCCAGUCCCGGUUCCUCCAAAGCCGAAAUUUGAAUUGUAUUGCACUUUGUGAAGUGAUCACUUCAAAAGAUCUUCAGAAGCAUGGGAACAUCUGGGUGUGUCCAGUAUCAGACCAUGUCUGCACUCGGUUCUUCUUUGUUUAUGAAGAUGGACAAGUGGGAGAUGCCAAUAUAAAUACUCAGGAUCCCAAAAUCCAGAAAGAAAUUAUACGUGUGAUUGGAACUCAGGUUUACACAAACUGAAGAGAGAAACAUUGGUUAGAUGCACUAAACUUUGUUCACACAGGUGGAAUGCCAAUAAUGUCUUUUGUGACCCUCACCGGCAGACUAAAAUGGAAAAAUGGCAUGGACUGGGGAAUUUUUCUCACCUUUUGGGGAGCUAAGAAUUGUCGGUGCUGUCUUUAGAGACAGUUUUGUCUCAGCAGUGCUAAGAAUUUUCUAGUGGCACCUACAAAUAAUGUUAUCAAAGAGAAAGAAAAAGCAAACUAUAAGUGAUGCUGGGUUUUUUUAAUGGCUGGAGCUUUUUCCUGAAUGGUGAACAAUGAGAAGAGAGUUGGAUUACUCUGCCAGAGAUAGAAGAACUUCCCAAAAAUGUUAGCGAUUUAAAGACAGGCAAACCACGAGGAAUGUGGUCUGGAGUUUUAGAUGCGAUAACCAGGUGACUGCUGGCUGGUCUUGCAUCUUAUGAGGAGAUCGUGUCCAUAUUGGCUCCUCCUGUUUGUAUGCUUGUGGCCAUGAGUUUUAGAUUUUCCGAUUUUGGCCAUGUAUGCACACUCCCCCCACCCCCUCCAUCCACACACAUUUACACAUAUAUUUCAUUUAAUUGCUGCAGUCCUAUGGCUUAGACUCGCUCUCUCCAGAGAGCAUCUUUGAGGUGUGCUUCGGAUUCCAUUUGACACUCAGAUCUAUCUUGUACAUGUUUGACAGCAUGUCUCAUCCACAUCCUCUUUCUUGUGAUGAGGCAGGCAUGUGUGCAAUAUACAAUGCACAUUGUGUUGCUGAUUUUAUGGUAGGAGUGACAUGGAUCCUACAAAAUUGUCAAUAAACAUUUUGAGAUCAUUUUCUAGAGAAAAUGAUGGCUGGCUUAAAGUUCUGGACCAAUAAUUCUAGUUAUGUUGAUGAUCCUUGAUUAGGCUGCUCCUCAGAUGGCCACUUAAUUGACCUGUUGCUACAUCUGUCAUUUCAUAGGUGAGUUGGAUUGUAUUAUCAUAAUGUGCCCUGCCUAUAGAGGUUUUAUCACACAGGGCUGGGAUCACAUAUUUUAUUACCUUCCGUGCACCUUAUCCAGCAGACUUUUUUAACUGCUCUUUUUUGCCUGCCAUCAGAAGUUGAAAGAUGCCCUGGUAAUGGACUUUAUAUGUUAAAAAUGUCAGCACAGAUUUUGAGAAGAAUUACUUUCUUUUUAUCUGCAUUUGCAUCAGCCUUAAUGUUAGAGUGGAUUGAGGUAUUCUGCAAGAAUGUUAGUGUAAAUCGCACCCUUUGUAAGCAGAUCAGAGAAGACUCCUUGUUUACCCCAUCAGUUUUACCCAGAGCGCUUUCUGAAUUCUCCUUUUUAUCUGGUUCUUUUGAGAAAAGUCACACUUCUUGAGAUGAAACCAAAUGACUUUGUUUCACAUUAAAGUACUGCAGAACACCUUUACAACAUGUAUUUUAUGAUUUGUAUCCCUCUUUUUGUACUAUCGUGGCGUGAACUGUUUGACUUUUGGUAUUUAUUCACUGUUCGUAUUAUUUAAGUUAUGUCAGUGAAACAAGAUGGAUGAAUAAAUAUUUUGCACAA